GAGAUUCAUAUGCAGGUAGGGUUUCAUCAAUUAAUCAGACUAUCGGAUUUUAGCCGAACGCACGCCUCGAGAAGCAGCAGAAGCAGCUCAACCAGACCCAGUAUCCUCUGCAACCAUGGGUAUCUCCCGUGACUCCAUGCACAAGCGCCGCGCCACCGGAGGCAAAAAGAAGGCUUGGAGGAAGAAGAGAAAGUACGAGCUUGGUCGUCAGCCUGCCAACACCAAGCUCUCAAGCAACAAGACCGUGAGGCGUGUCCGUGUCAGAGGAGGAAACGUCAAGUGGAGAGCUCUAAGAUUGGAUACUGGUAACUAUUCAUGGGGCAGUGAAGCUGUUACUCGCAAAACACGUAUCUUGGAUGUCGUGUACAAUGCCUCAAACAAUGAGCUUGUGAGAACGCAGACUCUUGUGAAAAGCGCUAUUGUCCAGGUUGACGCAGCCCCAUUCAAGCAAUGGUACCUUCAGCAUUACGGGGUUGACAUUGGUAGGAAGAAGAAGUCUGCUGCCAAGAAGGAUACCCCAGAGGAGGGAGAAGCAACUACCGAAGAAACGAAGAAGAGUAACCAUGUUCUGAGGAAGCUUGAGAAGCGUCAACAAGGUCGUAAGCUCGACCCCCAUCUUGAAGAGCAGUUUGGCAGUGGUAGAUUGUUGGCUUGCAUUUCUUCCCGCCCAGGGCAAUGCAGUAGAGCUGAUGGAUAUAUCUUGGAAGGUAAGGAGCUUGAGUUCUACAUGAAGAAGCUCCAGAGGAAGAAAGGGAAAGCUGCUGGUGCCGCUGCUUAAUAGUUGUCUUAUCCAGGCCUUUUUUGCCCCUCGUCUUUCUGAGUUAAGAUGUCUUAGUUUUGCUGUUUGGUUUAGGAAACUUGUUAUGAGCCGCCGAUACAAACACCUUUGAAAUAUUUGUUUGGAAUUGUCAGAUUAGAAGACUUAAUAGUCCGUGAACCGGAAGUAUUUUUGCACUAAAUGUUAUUUAUUACUUGUUGGGUCUUAUAUUUGUUUACCUGCUGAAUUGGUACUGCGACGUUUAUUUGUUUUGCUAUGAGAUUCCUGUAGGCCUUUUUUCAGCUACUAUUUGUUGUGGUUAAUCCCAUAAAAUUCGUCCAA